AUGGAUUGGCUUGAACGGGUGACGGCGGGAGAUACAGUGAUGUCCCCCGUGCGUCCUGGUGUAGAGCGCGUGGAGCAGCCACAGGUCCAAGUCGGAGGCCUCCACAUUUCCCCGGGGGAGGUGCACAUCCGCUCGGACAGCCUGCUCACGAUGCCUGCUAUCUUCAGCAUUGCAGCCGGAGGUGGGAUGCUCCUGAUCAUCGUGAUCCUGGUGCUGCUGGCCUACAGGCGCAAGUCCCACGAGAACGACCUCACUCUGAAGAGGCUGCAGAUGCAGAUGGACAACCUGGAGUCACGCGUGGCCCUGGAGUGCAAAGAAGCCUUUGCCGAGCUCCAGACAGACAUCAAUGAGCUGACCAGUGACCUGGACCGGGCCGGCAUACCGUACCUGGACUACCGCACUUACGCCAUGAGAGUCCUCUUCCCCGGCAUCGAUGAUCACCCGGUGCUUCGAGAGCUGGAGGUGCAUGGCAGUGGUCAGGUGGGCGUGGAGAAGGCUCUGAAGCAGUUUGCGCAGCUGGUCAAUAACAAGGUGUUCCUCCUGACCUUCAUCCGGACCCUGGAGCUGCAGCGUUCCUUCUCCAUGCGCGACCGCGGCUACGUGGCGUCGCUGAUCAUGACGGCUCUGCAGGGCCGGCUGGAGUACGCCACCGACAUCCUGAAACAUCUGCUCUCUGACCUCAUCGAGCGCAACCUGGAGAGCAAGAACCACCCCAAACUACUGCUGCGCCGAACCGAGUCAGUGGCGGAGAAGAUGCUAACAAAUUGGUUUGCCUUCUUGCUCCACAAGUUUCUCAAGGAGUGUGCUGGAGAGCCCCUCUUCAUGCUGUUCUGUGCCAUCAAGCAACAAAUGGAGAAAGGACCCAUUGACUCCAUCACGGGAGAGGCUCGCUACUCCCUGAGCGAAGACAAACUCAUCCGACAACAAAUCGAAUACAAGACGCUGACGCUGAGCUGUGUGAAUCCAGACAAUGAGAACAGCCCCGAGAUCCCCGUCAAGGUGCUCAACUGUGACACCAUCAGCCAGGUGAAGGAGAAGAUCCUGGAUGCGGUCUACAAGAACAUGCCAUACUCACAGAGGCCCAGGGCGGGAGACAUGGAUCUGGAGUGGCGUCAGGGCAGGACAGCACGAGUGGUCCUUCAAGACGAGGACAUCACAACAAAGAUCGAGAGUGACUGGAAGAGGCUGAACACGCUGCUGCAUUAUCAGGUGUCUGAUCGCUGCGUGGUGGCCCUGGUGCCAAAACAGAUGUCUUCUUUCAAUAUCCCCUCGUCAGCCAGCUUCCCGCGCAGCAUCAGCAGAUACGGUGUGGAUGUCCCGUUCCGGUCCACUCCCACCAGCCCGGACAGCCCCCACUCCCGGGUGCCCAUGCUGACCCCUGAUCUGGAGAGUGGAGUCAAAGUUUGGCAUUUGGUGAAGAACCACGACCACGGAGACCAGAAAGAAGGAGAGAGAGGCAGUAAAAUGGUGUCAGAGAUCUACCUGACCAGACUGCUGGCCACAAAGGGCACUCUGCAGAAGUUUGUGGACGAUCUUUUCGAGACUCUCUUCAGCACCGUGUGUCGAGGCACCGCGCUGCCGCUAGCCAUUAAAUACAUGUUCGACUUCCUGGACGAGCAGGCGGACGGACAUGGCAUUCAUGACAUGGACGUCCGUCACACCUGGAAGAGCAACUGCCUUCCCCUGAGAUUCUGGGUAAACGUGAUCAAAAAUCCUCAGUUUGUAUUUGACAUUCACAAAAGCAGCAUCACAGACGCCUGUUUAUCGGUGGUGGCUCAGACCUUCAUGGACUCCUGCUCCACUUCUGAACACCGACUCGGCAAAGAUUCUCCCUCCACCAAACUUCUAUACGCGAAAGACAUCCCACAUUACAAGAGCUGGGUCGAACGGUACUACGCCGACAUUAGCCGACUUCCCGCCAUCAGCGAUCAAGACAUGAACGCGUAUCUGGCGGAGCAGGCGCGCCUCCACUCCAGCGAGUUCAACGUGUUGAGUGCGCUUCACGAGAUCUUCACCUACGUCAGCAAAUACAGCCAAGAGAUCACCGAGGCACUGGAGCACGAUGAACAAGCCCAGAAGCAGAAGCUGGCAUAUAAAGUGGAGCAGAUCAUCUCAGCCAUGUCUGCAGAGAGCUGA